UUCAAAAGAUAGAACCAUGGAGAGAUGGCAAACUGUGAUUUUGGAAUGGGUUAAUUGUUUGAAAAUUGCCGAUUCAAUUCCGGAUGUUCCAUCAAUAGCCCAAAGUAAUUUUUUUAAAGGGAUACUUGAAAAAUUGUGUAAAGAUGAUUCCAUCCAGGAAUUGGAUCAAUCUAUGGUUCAAGAUAGAUUAUAUCAGUUUAUUAGAGAUUCGUAUCCUGAUUAUGAAUUGGAAUACGAUGGGGAUAUUGCCACGGAUAUCAAUGAAUUAACAAAUAUAUGCUCAUUAUUAAUGUAUUACUGCGCAAUUAAUAGUGAGGAUCCAUCAUUAAAGGAUCCAGCUUGUAACUUAUUAUCGGAAGGUUCACAAACCUUAUAUAUGGAUUUCCUAACUUCAAUUCUUCAUUCCAAUGAUGUUCCAGUUAUUACACGUGAACUGGUCAACUCUGCCAUCAGAGAAGCAUGUGAUAAAAAAAAAAAUUUAUCAAAAAGACCAAAAAGUACCGAAAGUAUUCGAACACCAGUCAGACAUAAAAAUAGUAGAUCAUUAUUAGCACCAAAAAUAGUAUGUUUUACCGAUUUUAUACAAUCACCAGAAGCAAAAAAACAGAAACAUCUGGAAUAUUUAACGAAAGAAAUGCGCAAUAUAAAAGCAGAACUUGCAACUGAACGUGAUGAGAAAUUGGAUUUACAUGAAGAUAUUAAACGACUAAAUGAAAAAAAUAAUAAAUUGACUAAAGAUUUAGAACGAAGACAAUCGGAAAUAUCACAACUAAAUGCUAAAAUAGUUGAACUCGAACAAGUAAAAAUAGUUACACCAGUUAAAACCGAGACAACAAACGUAAAAUUACGUACAAACUUAAAAGAAGCCGAACAACGUAUUGAAGAUCUACAAACUGAUCUAAAUGAGAAAGAAAGACAAAAUAAAUCCUUAACACAUAAAUUAACCAACAUUAAAAAGGAUUUACAAAUGUACAAACAAGCAAGUGAAGAAAAUGAAAUAGAAAUUCGUAAAUUAAUCCAAGAAAGAGAAGAACAAGCUUUAAAAAUUACUGAAUUAACUACUGAAGUUAUUGAACUGAAAAAUAUUUUAACUGAAUACAAAACUUCAAGUAUUUCAAAAGUGCUAAGUGAUUCAUUUACUAUGUCUGAACCGGAAAACAUGGGUGUGGUUAUUGAACUACAACUCAAAGAAAUUCAAAAUGAAAAUGAUGUCUUAAAACAGAAAUACGAACAAUUACAACUCGAAAAUGUUAAUUUACAACAAGAAAUCAAUAUAAGUAAAUCAGAAAUUGUAAAAUAUCGGGAGGAAUUGAAUCAAGCUCAAUUCGAAAAUUCUAAAUUUAAAUCUGAUAUUGAAAAUUAUAAUAAACAGGCAAAGAAAUUCGAAAAAGAAAUCAUCGAUUUGAAACAGGAUGUAAUUAUGAAAAAUGAAAAAAUUCAUCAAUUGAAUAAUGAAAAAGAUCAGCUUGAGAAAGAAAUAAGUAAUUUGAAAGUUGAAUUAACAUUGAAAAAUCAACAAAUCGAGGAAAAUAAUCAUCAUUGUAAUAAAUUGAAAGAGAAAUUAAUUAGCGAAACUAUGAAAUUAGAAGAACUCAAUUGUAAUUUCAAUGAAACCAAAACGAAAUUGGAAACAAUACAAAAUGAAUUAUACUUGAAACUAAAACAAAUUGAAACUAUGGAAUCACAUAUAAAAAGUUUACAAAAUAGUGAAGAUUUAGCAAAAGUUGAAUAUGCUGAAUUACAAAGAAAAAAUGAAUUGGAAUUGAAACGUAGUCAAAUUAAUACUAUGGAAAUUAACUUAAGAAAUGAGACAACAAAAAUUGAAACUUUAUCGAAAGUAAAAAUUGAAGAAUUGGAACAAACUAUAGAGAAAAUUGAAAAGAGUUUCAAAGAAUCGAGUACGACAUUAGAAAAAACGCAAAAUGAAUUGAAAUUGAAAUGUGUACAAAUUGAAACUUUGGAAAAUGAAUUGAAAAAUUUACGGGAGGAAACAAAUAAAAUUGAGAAUUUAUCUAAAGAUAGAAUUGAAAAAUUAACACAAAACAUUCAAGAAAUUGAACACAAUUUCAAUGAAAUAAGUUCUAAAUUGAGAGACAAAGAAAAGGACUUAGAAUUGAAAUGUAUUCAAAUUGAAACAAUGGAAUGUGAAAUAAGAAAUCUAAAAGAAGAUAAUACUUCAUCCAAAGAGAAAAUUGAUGAUUUGCUACGAAAUGUUCAAGAAAAGGAGCAUGCUUUCAAUGAAAUAAGUGGCAAAUUAAAAGCCACAGAACUUGAAUUGGAAUUGAAACGUAAAGAAAUGGAAACCAUAGAAAAUACGUUACAUGAAGAAAAAAAUUCAUCUAAAAUAAAAAUUGAAGAAUUGCAACGAUCCAUUAAAGAAAUCGAAAACAAUUUCAAUGAAAAAAGUUCUAAAUUAAAUAGCACAGAAAGUGAGUUAAAUUUGAAAUUAGCUCAAAUUGAAUCUUUGGAACGUGAAAUAAAAACAUUACAAGAUGAGAAAAAUGAAGCGAUUGAAAAUUUAGAAAGUAAAAGUGCAUCUUUUGAAGAUGAAUUACGUUCUCAAAUUGAAUCUUUUGAAAAUAAAUUAAUUCACACAGAAAGUGAAUUAAAUUUGAAAUUAGCUCAAAUUGAAUCUUUACAACGUGAAUUAAAAACAUUACAAGAUGAGAAAAAUGUAGCAAUAACUGAAUUACGUUCUCAAAUUGAAUUUUUGGAAAAUGAAUUAAAAGCAAAAGUGAACCAAUUCGAAGAAAUAAUGAAAGAGAAAGACCAAUGUUAUAAAAACCUCGAACGUAAAAGUGUGAAUAAUUUAGCUAUGGUCGAAGUUUUAAAUAAACAAGUUAUGAAACUUCAACCAAUGAUCGAUGAAAAAGAUGGUGAAAUUGUUUCAUUAUCUCGACAGUUAGAAGAAAGCAAGAACAUGUUGAAACAAGAUAAAUUGUUGCUUCGAGAUCAAGAGAAGAAAUUGAACGAAUAUAAUUCAAUAUGUGAUUCAAAAUCGGCGUUUAUUAAUAAACUUGAAAGUCAAUUGUCACAUUUAGGGAAAAAUUUUAAAGAAUCUGAAUCUCGAUUAUCCGAAAAAAAUAAAACAAUCAAUAAUUUAGAAAUAAUUAUAUCAAAUUAUGACACAGAAAUUACCGAUUUAAAACGUCAACUCGAUGAAAACGAUCGUCAUAUUAUGAAUUUGAAUGUACAUGAAGAGGAAUUAAUUCGUGAGUACGAAAAAGAAAUCAAUCAAUGUAACGCAACAAUUAAAACAUUAAAAUCGUCGAUUGUCGAGCUUGAAAAUUUAAUCAAACAGUCACAGUCUGAAAAAGAUCAAUUUUCACAAAAUAAUCAGUCAAUGAUAGCAAACUUCGAACAAUUAGAAAAUGAGAAAACUGCAUUAAAUGAUGAGCUUCGAGUACAAAAGAAAAAUUUGGAAAAUUUACAAGAUAAAUUUGAUUUAAUGUGUCUCGAUUGCAAUUCAAUAAAAGAAGCAAAUGAAAAAUUGUUAAAAGAAAAUAAAAAUUUAGCAACACAAAUAACCGAAAUGGAAACGAAAAAUGUGGAAUUGAACAACGAAUUAUGUAAAUUUAAAAUAGAAAGUGGUGAUUUCCUAAAUGGAAAAUUAGAAUUGAUGACUCAAUUAGAAAAAGUUCAAGAAAGUUUAACUCAACAACUAGAAGUGAAUAAACAGUUGAAUACUGAGAAAUUGUCAAAGAUAAACGAACUUAGUGAUAAAAAUUACUCUAAAGCAAUUUCACAACUAGAAAAAGAAAUCGAUUUAGAGAAAAAUUUGAAUAAAGUAUUAAUUGGAGAGAAAGAAAAAUUAUCGAAAACAAUUACCGAACUGGAAGAUAAAAUAAAUGCAGGAUUAACAGCAACAAAUGAAUGUAGAAUUGAAGAGUUACUCUUGAAACAACAACAAUUGAAGGAUGAAUUGCAGGAACGUGAAAAUAAGUUUCUAGAACUUGAAAAAGAAUUUAAUAAAGCUUCUGGACAAUUAUCAACUAAUGCAGAAAAAAUUACUUCACUUAAAGCUGAUUAUGAAGUUGUAGUUACCGAAAAAGAACUGUAUCGUAAAGAUUUAAUGGAAAUGCAAUCACAAAUUAAAAACAUUGUUGAAGAAAAAUCUCGUUUAAAAGAAGAAAAUAAACAACUUGAAAAAACGGUUGAUGAAUUGAAAAUGAAACAUGCUCAAUUUUCAGAAUUUAACGAUUUAGGUAAUGAAAAUACGGAAUUACAAGCUCAAAUUUCAAGGAUACACGAACAAAAUGAAGUGUUAACAAGACAAUAUGAAUCGGUGAAACUUGAAUUAAAUGAAAGUCAAGAGUUUACUAAAAAAAUAAUCGCCGAUAACGAUAAUUUAGUUGAAAAGAAAUCGGAAAUUGAAAAUAAAAAUAUGGAGCUAAACAAUGAAUUACUUCAAACUAAAAAAGAGUUAUUAAUCGUUAAAGAAACUUGUUGUGAUCUAGAAAAUCGUUAUAAAUCAUUUAUGGAUGAAAAUGAAUUGAAAAUAAAACAACUAGAAGAACAGGUCCAAUUUAAUAAACUGAAAUCGGAUGAUUUUAAAAAACAGUAUGAACAAUCCCAAAAGGAUUUAGAAAUGUUACAAGAAUCCACAAAUACUGAAAAAAAACAUUAUGAAGUAUUAAUCAAUGAAAAAGAACAAAAAAUUAAAGAAUUAACCGACGAUUUACAACGAUACAAAGAUCGAAUUGAUCUAAUCGAGUUAGAAAAAAUGAAAAAUCAAGAUAAGUGCACGGAUAUUGAAAACAAAUACAUAGAAAAGUUAACAAAUCAAGAAAAGCUGACUGAAAAAUUACAGCGUAUUGAAAUCGAGAAAAAUGAAAAUGAGAAAGUUAUUGAUAAAAAAGACCGAUUUAUCAAAGAUCUAGAAAUGAUUACAAGUACUUUAAAAGAAGAACAUUCAAAAUUAGCGGAAAAAAAUGUGAUGUUAAUCAAGGAAAUUGAUAUAUUAAAAAGUACAUUAACCACCAUACAAAAUGAAAAUAAAACAUUAUCUGAGAAUCUGGAAAACUCCCAACAGAAAACUAAAAAACUUGUAUCUGAAAAGGAAAAAGAGUUAGAAGAUGCACAGAAGAAAUACAAAACGUUAGAGAAUAAGUUAUUAGAAAUCGAAAACGAUAAAAUGAAAAUUGUGGUGGAAAAACAGCAAGUUACCGAUGAAUUAUUAAACGUGAAAACAAGCCGAGAUCAAUUGUUAACAAAACACACUGAUAUGUCGAAUCAAUUGACGGAAUAUAUUCAUAAAAAUUUCGAAUUGGGUAAGCAAAUUGAAAAAUUGGAACAACAUAUUAAUUACGAGAAAGAUUCACGUUCAGAAAUUCAACAAAUGCUACGCAAACAAACAGAUAUCUCAGAAAAAUCACAAGAAUAUGUAAAAUUAAAUGUUGAAUUACAGAAAAAAAUUGAAAAUUUAGAGAAACUGUUGCGUAUUGAAAGUGAGAAUGCAAUGAAAAAUGAAAAAGCCAUCAAAGAUCAAAUUAAAACUGCAGAAAAAGAGCAGCGUGAAUUGCAAUCACAAAUUGAUCAUUUAAAUCACGAAAAUGCUGUGUUGAAAACUGAAAAAGAAAAUUUGAAAAUAGAAUAUUUAAGUCCACGCCCAGAAUUAAUUAAAUUACGAGAAGCUUACGAACAAGUUGUUAAAGAAAAUUCACUAUUACAAUAUGAGUUGCAAUCGGUGCGAAAAUUAAUGGCAGAAAAAGAAUCACAGCUAAAUGAGAGUGAAAAAUUAAAAGAUGCAUACGAAAAAAUUUUUAAAGAAGGUGAUACGUUAAAAACGGAACUGGAUAUAAUGAAAGAAAAGCGGCUACGUGAUAAAGAAGAGUAUAAAAUCCGUAUGGAGCAAAGUACGAAAUUAAAUGAGGAGAAAAUGCGAGAAUUGCGUAUUGAUUAUGAUGUUAAAUUGGAAAAGAUGAAAAAUCGAAUGAAACAAUUAUAUGCCGAAGAAAUUGCUAAAUCUGAAAAGAAAAAAGAAGCUGAACAUGAAAAAUUGUGUAAAUCUUACCAAAAAAAGAUUCAAGAGUAUGAAGAUUAUAUUAAAGAAUUACAAACACAAAUGUGGACAGUUGGUGAUAAAUUUUUGGGUGAACAACAGAGUAAAGAACGGAUAAAUAAGCAGCUAAAUGAUGCUAUGAAAAGGAAUAGUCAAAUUCAAUCGUCACGGCACGAUGAUAAUCUAUUAAGUUGUCCAUCACAUGAAUCCUUACAAAAUGUCGGAAGGGAAUCAAUUAUCUUCCGUGAGAAAACGACUGUACCAUUGGAUGCCUUGUUUGCUACACAAUCAAGAGAUUCGUUUAAUCCUACUAAGCCAGAAAAACGUGAUUCCUACUUAUCGAUUGGUAAUGACAAAUCCAAAAGACCCGUAUCAUUUAUUGUUUCACUACCAUCAAAAAGUGGCAGAGAGAAAAAGGCGAAUCGUGUUGGACCUAUUGAGCAAGAAUUUAAAGAACCAAAUAACGACCAACCAAUGCGUGGCAAGAGAUUACCACGUAAUAGUGUUCCAGCAACACUUGGUGGUGGACAAGGUUUACACAUGGAAGAUGAAGAAGUAGAAAUGUUUAAUACAAACUAUUUAAGUGAUUUACAAUCAGGUCGAUGCUCUGUCGCAUCCGCGCGUCCAUCUUCGCCUACGAAAGGUAGUAGCAAAACAGAUAAAUCACGUUUAUCUGAAUUACAAGUACGUAAUUCGUUAUGUCCACCACAUUUGAAAUCAUCAUACCCGGCUGAAACACAAUUUCAUAGCCCGUCCAAAUUUAAGGAAGAUGAUCUAAAGACUGGAAACGUACAUUUAGAUGACAGUUUAAACACAUGUCUGUUACCUGAUGAAAAACCACGGCGUAAAGAAAGUACCUUUUAUAAAAAACCAGGACCGUCCACACCUAGUAAACGCAGUUCUUUUCAAGGAAGUGAAUCACGUGACGUAUUACGUGAACAAAAUAAAAGCAGCGAGCAAAGUAAUACAUUAAAUAAUCGUAAAACAUCAACUCCAAAUCGUUUAAUUAAAGCAUUAUUCUCAUCAUCAAAUCGUAGUCAAUCACUACGUUCUGCCGAUACAGAGAACCAGCCAGUAACGACGCCACGGACUCGGCGUUACAAUAUUUUUCGUAAACAGCGUUAAAUUUUUUCGCCCGUCAUACUUUAUUUAUUUUAUUUUCAUGUUUGUUUUGUAUAAAGUUAAAAAGAAAUU